AUCACUGUUUACUCCAGUGCUGAUAUAUAGAUAAAUGAACUAAAUUAAUAACUAUUGUUUCUUACAUCGGAAUGAAUCAAUACUGAAUUUACUAAAGAUGGAUAAUGACACCAUUUUCUUUAAGAGCUGCUGUGCAGCCAAAAUUAUAUACCAGUUAUCACUGUAAAGCUGCUUUGACACAAUCUGCAUUGUAAAAAGCGCUAUAUAAAUAAAGGUGACUUGACUUGACUUAAGCUACAAUAAAACUGGUUAAGCACUUGUGAAGUAGGCUAAUAUCUUUUUUUUUUUUCUUUUUUUUUUUUUUUUAAGUACAAGAAUAGGCCUAUGUGAACCAUGUACAUGAAUCCUGAUGUUCCUGUUUAACCUGUUUAAACACACCCAAAGGUGAUCAGAAACUCCCUCUGAUAACACUUGCCAGGAAGAGACUGACUUAUUUUACUUUUCUGUCAUACUGACCUGCUUCUCUCAUGGAAAAAGCAAAAAAGAAUCGGCGAUCAAUGAAGAACAACAAGAAAAAACUUCCAAGAAGAAUUUAAAACAUUUGUUUCUGAACAGACAGCAGAUCUUUGGUUAUUCAUUUUUUUUGAAACCUUGAUUUUUAAACCUUGAUUCAGAAAGUGAAAGUAAAGUUGACAUCGCUGGAGCUCAAACACUGAAAAUGGAUUCACCAGCUGAAUAUGAUUAUAUUUGUCCGGUGUGUUGUGAAAUCUUCAAGGCUCCUGUUCUUCUGUCAUGUAGUCACAGUUUCUGUAAAGAGUGUCUUCAACAGUUCUGGAGAACCAAUGAAACUAAGGAGUGUCCUGUCUGCAGGAGAAGAUCCUCAAAAGAUCCUCCACUUAAUCUUGCAUUAAGAAACUUGUGUGAGUCAUUCCUGAGGGAGAGAAAUGAGAGGCGUUCAUCAGGAUCUGAGGAGAUCUGCAGUUUACACAGUGAGAAACUCAAACUCUUCUGUCUAGAGGUGAAACAGCCUGCGUGUGUCGUGUGCUUUACUUCACAGAAACACAUCAAUCACACAUUCAGACCCAUCAGUGAAGUUGUUCCAUCAUAUAAGGAGGAGCUCAAUACAGCACUGAAGUCCUUACAAGAGAAACUGAAACACAAUGAAAACAUUAAAGGAAAGUUUGAGGAAACAGUUCAACACAUCAAGUCUCAAGCUGAGCACACAGAGCGUCAGAUUAAACAGAAGUUUGAGAAGCUUCAUCAGUUUCUCAGAGAUGAAGAAGAAGCUACAAUCACUGCACUGAGGGAGGAAGAGGAGCAGAAGAAGCAGAUGAUGAAGGAGAGGCUGGAGGAGAUGAACAGACACAUCUCAGCUCUUUCACACACAAUCAAAGACAUGGAAGAGAUGAUGAAAGACAAUGACGUCUGCUUUCUGAAGAAGUUUCCAGUCUCAAUGGAAAGAGUCCAGAUCUCACAGCCGGAUCCACAGAUGGCUUCUGGAGCUUUGAUUCAUGUGUCACGUUACUUGGGCAACCUGCAGUUCAGAGUCUGGAAGAAGAUGCAGGACAUCGUCCAAAACACUCCUGUGAUUCUGGAUCCAAACACGGCAAAUCCACGUCUCGUCCUGUCUGAUGAUCUGACCAGUGUGAGAUACAACUCAUAUCAACUGCUUCCUGAUAAUCCAGAGAGAUUUGACCGGUAUCGCUGUGUUCUGGGUUCAGAGGGUUUUAACUCAGGAACACACUGCUGGGAUGUGGAGGUUAAAGAGAGUCAGUGCUGGAGACUUGGAGUAACUACAGCAUCAAACCAGAGGAAGGGACGUGAUUUCUACAACACUGAUGUCUGGUGUGUGCGGUAUGAUGAGGAUGGAGUUUGUGAAUCGUCUAUGAAUGAAUUUCCCGUUGAACAGAAUCUUGAUCAUGUGAGAGUUGAUCUGGACUAUGACAGAGGAACGGUGUCAUUCUCUGAUCCUGUAACUAACACACAUCUACACACAUUCACAACCACCUUCACUGACACACUCUUUCCAUUCUUCUGUUGUUAUAGUUUUUUUUCCUCUCUGACGAUCUUACCAGUCAAUAGUCAGUAAUCGUUUCAUCUGUAGGUCUGGAUCGAGCUACUUUCAUCUUUUACACUCAUCAUGUUUCCAAAAUUUGUGUGUAAAACUUCUCAGAAAUGCUCUUAAAUGGAUAUUUCACCCAAAAAUUAAAAUCCUGUCAUCAUUUACUCUCCCUCAUGAUGAUCCAAACCUGUAUGAGUUUCUUUCUUCACACAAAAGUGUAAUGUGGCUGUUAUCUGAUUGGCUUAAGUAGAUGGUGGGUGGAGUCCACAAAUGAAUGCCAGGCAGAGUUGUGUUUGUGACAUGCAACACAUUUGUAAUUAUUUUUUUUUUUAUUUGUGUGUGUAUGUGAGUUUCUUUACAUUUAUUUGUGAAUCUCAAUCUAUUUAUUUGGAAUAAUGCAACAAUCCUAUCCCCAAAGUCAAGAGCCCAACUAAAGCAAACACUGAUCACAAUGAUGGUGAAAACUGAACACUUUCAACCAAACAUCAACAUCUAAACUUCUGUUAAUUCUCAAUAAGAACUGCUGUAGACGUCUGACAGAAAUAAAGUCAGUCUGGUUAGUAAUAAGUGAAGCUGGUAAUGCUGUUUGUGGAGCUGUUUAAUCCUCCUCUGCUGAGAUCAUAAGAGAUUUAAUAUCUUCUUUUUAUCUAAGGCUGUGGCUGGAAGUCACUUUUAGUUCUUGUGUUUCUCUUUUUUCUGUUCUUGUUGCUUUUCUUUUCUUCAAUGAUUGUGUUUGAUAACAUCAGUGGCCUGUUGCACAAAGCUGGUUUCAGUUUCUACCCAGAUAAGUUUGAGAUUAGUUUGAGCAAACUUGGUUUUUCGGGCUCAAGAAGGUGGAUUGUUUUUUAGCUGUGUUCAUCACGUUCAACUUAUGCUACACAGCUAACCUGCUCCGGAGCUAUAUCAACUAUAGUUGAUAUACAGCGAUAGAGACUCAAACAUGUAAGGUCACAUGUAGUCAUUUUUAAUGAGUUAUCUAUUGAUUCUACAGCUUAGUUAUAUUACAUAUCUGUAUGAUCUGUAUAUAUUAAUAUUCAUUUAAACUAAAUGCUUAAUAAACUAAAAUUGCUUGUGUGUAAUGGAUUAAAAAUAAUAUAGAUCAUGUUAUAAUUAUAUAAGUCAUAUAUAAAGCAUAAAAUAAUUCUAAUUAUUAUUAAAGCCAGACAAUUUCAUUGUUAAAUAUUUGUUUUUACUAUAUAGUGACCUUUAAUUUGGAGGAAGAGAAACUGGGGGAGUGACUUUAUUUUGUUGGAUGUGUCAGUGUCAAUUUGCUCACAUCUGAUUGGUCCAAUUUUGGUUUGAGAUCUCUGAACCGGAACAAAACCUGCCUCGGAGCAUUAUAUAUUAUUAAUAUAUUACUUUAAUCAAAUUGUGUUAGCUUGGUUAGUUAUUUUACA